GGUAUGAGCAGGAUGUCUUGAGCUCGCGACCCCUUGCCAUUUACUGGUAAAUCCAUAAUAUACUGAGAGUGACUAUAUGGAUUAAUACAUUGGAGCGGAUAUAUAAAACAUGGGAGACCUGGAGUGUGGUUUUGAGGAAAUGCAAGGAGUGAGACUGGGAUACCUGCUCAUCAAAGGCAAGCAAAUGUUUGCUUUGUCUCAGGUCUUCACCGACCUGCUGAAAAACAUCCCUCGGACCACGGUGCACAAGCGCAUGGACCACCUGAAAGUGAAGAAGCACCACUGCGACCUGGAGGAGCUGCGGAAGCUCAAAGCAAUAAACUCUAUAGCUUUCCAUGCCGCUAAAUGCACUCUCAUAUCGCGGGAGGACGUGGAGGCUCUGUAUUUCUCCUGCAAGACUGAGCGGGUGUUGAAGUCCAACAAAAGGAAAGCGAAAGCUGUGUGUUCCCCCGGGGAUGUCGAUGCGUCCUCGGGACUCCUCCGUGCCGACGCCGAGCUGUGGAAGGAAAAAGUUUGGUUUAGUUUGCACGGCGUCCCAGAGACUCUCACACUUCACAACAAAACGGGCAGGCGGAGAGAGCUGACUCCUUGCCUUACCGACUCCAAACUACCUCAAUUUUACCACAAAACCCACGGACGGGAUUACCGUUCUGCGACUAAGUCCAGUCACAAACACUUUAAAAACUAUGAAACAGCAAAAAUAACAGGGAACCGCGUUACUUUGAGCCAAAGGCACUCGUUUUUCCGGAGCGCAGUGAGCCGACAGCCGGUGGUGCUUCAGUCCGCCAUAGCUGCUCAGUCCAGGCUCUCGCGCUCAGCCGGUGACCUACUUCACAAAAGGAAGAGGAGGCGCGAGGGGGGCGGCGGCAGGGACAGCGCGAGGCACUCGUGGAGCAGGAGCAGACACGCGCACCAUCAUGCACCACCGGUGCUGCUAGUGCAACCCAAAUCGUCCAGCAGUCACGGGACUUCUUUUGGUGCUUUCCACCUUGGUCCGGAUUUCUAUCUGGACCCCAGACCUCACCAUCAUCAUCACCACCAGCAUCACCAUCAUCAUCAUCACCACCACCACGAACAGAGUUUCCCGGAGAGUUAUAGCAGCGACACUGAGUCCAGCACCUACUCGGACCGUGCGUACCCAGACUCGGACUUUGGCUCCGGCGUCUCCACCACCAGCAACUCCGGGAGUUCAGAGGAAGAAGAGGAGGGCGAGGAUGAAGAUGACUCGCAGUCAGAGAGUUCAGAGGUCAGCUCAGAGGAGGAGGAGAGCUCCUCUCAGUCCGAUUCUAGCUCGGUUUCAAGCCGUGUUUCGGUCCAGAGCAUCCGGUUCAGACGGGCCCGGGUCGGUUCUCUCGCCAAAAGUCUCAACACUAGUAAAGCACCUUUGGUCCUGCAGCCCACGUUUCACUACAACAACCAGCAGCAACAAGAGAAACAACACAGGACACUGUGCCAUGUUGCCACUUCACAGACAGUGGACAGUAGACAGGAGAAACGGCAAAAAAGUGAAUUUAUUUGCAGUGAAACUAGAAAGGAUUUGGGACCUUUACAGCUACCAAAAUUUAACUCAGCUGCUGUGGGUGAGAGCUUUUUCACUGAGUCCAAAAAGGAAAAGGCGUCUGAGGCUGACCCAAGCAGGGCUGACCCUGUGGCUGAGCUGCCCUCUUAUUCACCGGGACCGAACCGGAGCAAGGCCUUCCACCCCACGCGCAGAACACCGAGUUAUCCCACCAAAUGUCCCCCGGGACUGAGCGCACAGUGUGAGCAGGACAAAGACGCCAAGCUCCCCAAAUGUACCGAAAAAAGGGAGACGAAAGCCAACAGCCUUAAACUGCCCACUCCGCUGAAAAAAAUUAAGACCGAGGCUGAGGAGCCCUCUGUGACCGCCACCCCCCACUCGGACACCGGCAGGACAGCCAGGACACCACCCUUCAACCUCCACAACGUGAAAGUUAAAGUGGAGGAAAGCUGUGAUGAAUAUGAAUACCAGAGCCAGGCCACUGUAGUCAAAUGUAAAGGAGAUAAGGCAGAGAGCAGCAAUGGCCAGUAUCCCAGCGGAGCCAUCAAACAAGGGGACUUAUUCAAUAGCGGAAUUAAAGCCACAGAGAAGAGCCCUGAUGUGGCCCCCAGGUCUCCGUAUGGUCCUCAGGAAUGCAGGAGCACCCAGGACACCCCAUGUAUCGAGGAGGGGGAACACAGGAACAAAAACUGCAGGACUCCGGUGCUGGGGAAUAAGAAACCCCGAGUUUCCAGGACUCAAACAAAACAAAACGCACCCAGGGUCAACAAGGCUGCUUCUUCUUCUUGUUCUUCUUCUUCCUCCUCCUCCUCCUCCUCUUCUACUUCUUCUUUUUCUCGUCCCGUGGGCAGCGAGGAGGCAUCCACGGAGGAUUUACCGAGCAGACGCAAACGCAGCAACGCGAGCGCCGCAGCAUCGCCUGCAAAAAUGCCUUUCAGCCUGAUGGCAAAUUUCCCAUCCCCGCCGUCGCUGGUUGUUGGCAGCGACGGGGAUUUGUGCCCUGCUUACUCCCUAAACUCGCUGAGGGGCCCCGGGCCUCCCCCUCCGUCCCACCCCGUGUGGAGGUGGCAGCCAGGCGGCCAGAUUCUCCCUCCCCCACACGCUCAGAGAACUAGGAAAUACUGAGCUGGUUUUUUAAAGCAAAACAACAAAAGCCCCCACGGUGUCAAUCUAGAACCCAAUCGUAGCCUGAGUCUUAACGAGAGACCACCAAAUUGCUCCAAACUUUAUCGGUGUGUUAUUUUAUUAUUUUUAUUUUUUUUCCGCCACUCGUUUUUUUUUCUGUGAAUGGAUUUACAUUCCGCUUUGUUUUGAAGUUUGAUCGAGGAAAACCUACAAGAUCCCCCCUUUUGGAGCCUCAGAAAACGCCCACAGGACUGUGAGACACCGCUCGUGGAUUUAUGCUUAAAAAAACUCCUGUUUUAAAAUAAGCUAUCAAUCCUAAGCAAUUUGUUAGGUUCUCA